CGCAGCCGCCAUGCAGCAGCAGCUACAACACCACCACCACGACUCUAUCAAACAAAAGCGCGUCGAACUUGUAUUUACGACGAAUUCGCAGUCAACAUUGGCUACUCCUAGCAACAGGUCCUCUGGCUAAGACGCGUAGAGCCGAUUGCAAUGCCCCAUGUUGGCAUUCCUGAUGGAGGUCAAACAUGAAUGGCAUGGACGACAACGAAGACGAGACCGAUCUCUUCGACGACGACUUCGAUAACCUGUCGGAGUCUGCUCUCCAAGAACUCGAACACCAUGCUAUUAUCUCGACCCAACAUGCCCAAUCCCAGGCUCAAAAUGCCAUCAAGCAGGCAGUCCCUGUCCCUCCAAAACCCACCUCACUACCGCAGAAUCGGUUCCAGGCUCAAGCGCGGUUCAACGCCCAACCCCAUCUGCUAGUUCCUGCUCUACGAAGAGAGUCUACGGAUUUCCACUUUGAAGAUGAAUCCUUUGAGUUGGUGGGUGAAGAAGGCGUACCUACGCCAGCGGAACAGUAUGAGACAUAUCCUCUCCGUCGAGCUGCGCCCAACGAGGCUUCCGAGAAAGAGCAAUGGCGCCAACAGAGGUAUGGCCAGGCCUAUGAUGGAGUCGCAUCCAGGAGCUCGACUCAGGAGCGGGCGCAAUAUCACGGUGGAACGGGUCAAUACAAGCGAGCAACUGAAUGGGCUCAUGGUGCUCAAGCGGCGCCGGACAAGAUGCUCUUAGAUGAGGCGUUACAGCAGCAUGCGACAGUCAUAAAUGGGGACGACCGAGAUGCGUUUCGUGCUCGCAUUGACGAGUUACUGAAGGAAAGAGAUGAACUCACGAAGGAACUCAGAGGUGCGAAGGAUACCGUAUCCAUGCACAAAGGGGAGAUCUCGAUCGUCAGAGCCAACUUUGACAAGGAGACAAAGGUGUUCGAUCGACAGAUUAGCGCUCUCAAGAAGACUAUGGAGGAAGAGUCUGCCAAAUAUACCGCGGCCAUCAAUGCGAUCAUCGAGAAGAACAACAACUUGACCACAAGAUAUCAAUUCCUUCAACAAGAGCACAAUCAAGAAGUCCAGGAAACGAGGAGACUCGAACAACGUCUGAGAGACAAACCAGAGAGCGACAGAGAUGCCGGUCCUUCUACGACACCAAAACGUGGCAUGGCCAGCUCUCUUAGAGAUGGCUUUGAUGAUGACGAUAUUAUCAUGAUGUCCCCAUCAAAAUCAGCCCGACGAUCUAAACCUUCGACACCAACUGCAGCGAAUAAGAGAAAGCGGAAAGCAGACGUACCUAGUCCAGUCAAGCCACUGGUCCUUAGACCUACGGCUUCUGGUCCAUCGGAUAUGCCGCCCCCAGCGGCACCAGUGCCGGUACAGCCUGAAGAGCCUGGCGGUCCAAUUGUUCGGAAGGAUAGGCAGAUUGAGCGACACUUACGGUUCCUGCAGUCUAUUCUGGAGUACCGUGUCAAAGGAACCAAAGAGCCUCUCUUCGAAGCAUUUGUCAAGUUCCGCUUUCCGUCGAACUCAUCCAAAACAUUUACAACCAUUCUACUCGAAGGCACGGCCCACCUCAAAGGUCCUCGACUGCCUAGUGAUCUGUUACAGCUCUUUAUUGACUUGUGGUCCAAAUCGAUGAAAGAGCAGUUCUACGAGCCAGUAGCUCUCCUUAUGGAGGUGGUCAGCCACAUCAUUGAUACCGACAUGUCUGCCGUGGACUCUGGCAUUGUCGGUUCAUUGACUCCACUCCUCCAAUCCACUGUCGCCAUCAACGCAGAGAAACGCGUCAAGCACUCGCCUGUCAACCAUUCAACGUUCGGAACGUUUCGCUCGACUCCUCAAUCUGUACUAAACCACAAAGUCAACGGGACAAGCUCCUUGGAGAUCAUGCUGUCAGUAGCCUACAUCAUCUGUGACGACCACGACCUUCUUACUCACUUUUGGCGCCUAAUCGAUCCAGAGUUUGUCCUAAUGAUGCUUAAUGCCUGGCAACCUGUCUUAGACAUCACCCUGGUGUUACGUCUCCUCGCCACGAGCAUCUUCGCCACGACCUUCGGCAGCAUCUGCGUCGACGACCAACAAGCCAAGUUUUUUGAACAACACAUCCUGAACCGCAUAUGCUGUCUCCUCUGGGAGACACCCAAGGUCGACGAAGGUCUGCCGGCAAAUACGACUACCCAGAUCUGCCAGUUGCGCACUGAAGUCAUGGAUCUCCUGCUCCGGGUGGCCUUCGCAUCAGCUCCACUUCCGAGGGAAGACACCAACCAUCACGGCAGCCAGCUCAUCGCGAGCCAUCCCAGCGCCAUUGCGCGGAUUGUGCGUAGCCUGUACGAUGAAGUUACGGCCAUGUACGAUCUCACACCGUCGCACGCUCUGCAUGCCGAGAUUGUGAACAAGGGUGUGCAUCUGCUUUUCCAUGUGCUUGAACUGCACGGUGCGCAGAUCAACUUGCAGGAGAAACUCUCCGUUAUCAACGGUGGCGUGCACAAGCACCGCGUCGUGCUUACGAGGCUGGCGUUCUCAGAAGGAUUUUAUAUCGAUAGGCUGAUCACUGAUGAUGUCGUGGCCAUGGCGACAAGUAUGCUCGAAGAGUGUGUGACGCCCGAUGAAGCGGAUGAACUGAUCGAGGCGUUUCCUGGUUUCAAGGGCCGAGGACAUGCUGAAGAGGAAGAGUAGAGUGGAUUUCUCGAUCACAACCGGGACUUGGUGUCUGCCAGAUUGUUCACUUUUCUUACUCCCCGGCUACUUCUGCUCUUUGCUGUCGCAAGGCCAGGGUAUGUAAAAUCUCGCCAGCCCUCACAGCAUGUUCGUGUGUAAUUGCGCAUCAUCCACGCUGCAUAUUACUAAAAUUCACCUGUUCACCAAAACACGUUUGGACUCUCCAGCAGUCCGAAGGUCUUCGAUGACAGUACGGAUGCUGGCGGCGCCGGUGGUAUUGAGUGCCAUAAGACUAUAAUCCGGAGAGCGAUAUGGGGAUCUUCCCAUGGUAUAGCGCGAGGAACGCCAUGGGUGCAGAUGAUAUAAUCUGAUGGGUACUCUACCUUCUUCAUAGCAUGAGCAACACACAAAAUGAAACGAAAGGAUUACGUGAACGUAGUAUUUCAUGGGACUGGAUUGUUGG